AUGCAAAACGACCCUCUAUUUGUGAGGUUGCUCAACUACAACACUAAGAAUUUAGAUGUCCAAGUGAAAAAAAAUGUGGUGCACGCAUUGUGGGUCUUCCCGCACGACGCAACAAAGGGUACGGGCAAAACUUGUCGUGCUGCACUUACUAUUGGACCAAUUUCGCAAGGACCUUUACGCUCCGAAAGCAAUGGUGGUCAUUAG